GUUUCUUUCUUUAACUUUUUCUUGCGCGAUGCGGAUAAAUCGGCCGAGUCGUACGAACCAACUUGCAGACAAAAAAUCUUCUCCACGUCCGAGUUGGACUACAACGUGAAGCCGUUGACAAAGCCCCAGAUCGUGUCGCAUCCCGAAACCAACGAAUUGGGCUUGCAGAUUGAAUGGUCUGAUGGUGUCAAUACCGUGUACGACCACAGCUUCUUGAGAAAGUUUUCCAAGCCGGAGUUGAUCAAAAAGGGCAAGAACUUUGAAAGCGAGAGGGUUUUCUGGAACCUGCAAGAUUUCGCCAAGGUGGAGUCCGAGCUUGUGGAUUCCAUCACCUUCAAGGACUACAUGGCCAACGACGAGGUGUAUUACAACACGUUGAAUAGCUUGAACAAGUACGGUGUGGUCUAUGUCAACGAUAUCCCAGAGGGUAAUAACUUUAUCAUGGAGGACGGGAAGUGGGCGAUUGAGCACUUGGUCGAGAGGGUGGGUCACAUCAGGGAAACCUUCUACGGGAAGUUGUUCGACGUGAAAACCGAGCCUAACGCCAAAAACUUGGCGUUUACCGCCAACAAGCUCCCAUUGCACGCGGACUUGAUGUACUACGAGGCUCCGCCGGGGAUCCAGAUCUUGCAUGCGUUACAAAACUCUACCAAGGGUGGUGAGAACGUGUUUUGCGACGCCUUUUUGGGGGCCCAACACGUGAAGGAGAUGGACCCAACAGCAUACGAAGCGUUGAAGACGGUUCCAAUCAACUUUCACAAGAUCGGUCAUGACGACCAGUACUUCUCCUUCAGCCGUCCGAUUGUGGUGGAGAACUUGGAGGGCGGGUUGACCCAGGUCAAUUACUCCCCUGCCAAUAUGGCUCCGUUCGAGUUUGGAAUUACCAGUGCCAACCCAGAGGAGGAAAAUAUCUUUAAGGACUUUUUGCGUGGGUUGAAGAUCUUUGAGCAGUUUAUCAACGAUCCAGUCAACCAGAUUGUGGUCAAGACGAAGGAGGGCUCAGCCGUUGUGUUCAAUAACAGAAGGGUUUUGCACACCAGAAAGAAGUACCAGGAGACGGAGAAGGAGUCAUUCAGAUGGUUGAAGGGGGCGUACUUGGACAUGGACACGUUUGAGUCGCAGUUGAGAAUUUUGAAGAAGAGCUAC